UCUUCCCACUCUUUCUUUGUUUUUCCGCGCGAUGGAUUUUCGAUUCCUAUUGUCGGCCACUUCAAGUCUUGGCACGCUCGCUCCGGCGCCGCUCUGUGGGCUAGUCUCCUAGACAAGUCAUGCUACACCCUUCCUAAGCUUUUCUCGUCCUCCGAUCUUAAUUUGCUGGGUGCGCACCGAGCAAUAAACAUAAAGGCCUUUUUUCGCGCCGGGCUACAUCUCUGUGUCCUCCCCUUUUCCGCUACAUCGAGGCGGAAAGCUGCAGCAUCUUAUCUCAUCUAAUCCAUCGCGAGAUCACAAUGACGAACGUCUUUGGUGUUCCAAUCUUUUUCAUCGUCUUUCGAGAAUGUCUCGAGGCAGUCAUCAUUGUGUCGGUGCUGCUUUCUUUCUUGAAGCAGUGUUUGGGCCAACCUCACCAGGACCCCGUCAUCUAUAAGCGACUGAGGCGACAAGUAUGGGCGGGUUCACUGGGCGGCAUCUUGAUAGCCCUCAUCAUCGGAGGCGCCUUCAUCGGCGUCUUCUACGGCCUGGGUCAUAACCUCUGGGCGGAAUCCGAGGAUCUCUGGGAAGGCAUCUUCUACCUGAUUGCCAGCAUCAUCAUCACCGUCAUGGGACUUGCCAUCCUACGCGUCAACAAGACCAAGGAGAAAUGGAGGGUCAAGAUUGCCCAAGCUCUGGCCGCAAAGACCCAUCACAAGGACGCUGCCUCGAGGUUCGGGGAAUGGUCUCGACGGUACGCCAUGUUCAUUCUGCCCUUCAUCACCACCCUCCGCGAAGGUCUCGAGGCCGUGGUCUUCAUUGGUGGUGUCUCACUCGGCCUGCCCGCCACGGCUUUCCCUAUCCCAGUCAUCACCGGCAUCCUCGCAGGCCUGCUUAUUGGUUUCCUCAUCUACCGUGGCGGCAACUACAUGGCCAUUCAAUACUUCCUCAUCGCCUCCACCUGCCUCCUGUACCUGAUCGCAGCAGGCAUGUUCUCCAAAUCCAUCUGGAGCUUGCAAUUUUACAAGUUCGCACAGCAGGUCGGCGGUGACGUUGCCGAGUCUGGCAGCGGCCCUGGCUCAUACAACAUCAGGCAGACGGUCUGGCAUGUCAACUGCUGCAGCCCGGAGCUUGAUCACGGUUGGGGCAUUUUCAAUGCCAUCUUGGGCUGGCAAAACACCGGUACUUAUGGAUCGGUCAUCUCAUACAACAUUUACUGGCUGUUCAUCAUUGUCUGCAUCUGCUUCAUGCUAUACGAGGAGCGCACCGGAUCUCUGCCCGGCCAGAAGGCCUUCCUGAGGUUCUUGGCCAGGGUUCCGGGCUUCAGAAGCUAUGCCCACCGCAAGCUCACUACCCCUAAGCAGGAUGCCGCGGCCAUCAUCAAGCAAGUUCAGGCAGAUAAUUUCAGCCAUGGGAUUCAGGGGCCUCUCGGCUCGACUUAGGUCUAGGCAGGCGUGAACUUAUGUGAACUUGGCCACUGACUUCACGACAUUGUGUGUCGGCUGGAGUAAGAUGAGGUCGAAGAGAGGAUGGCCGCCGCCUUGCUUCGGGGCUCGUCCAGUGAUUGUCAUGUUUACUAGUUGGUAGAUACAGCUUCGGAAUCGACUUCUGUGGUAACUGCAUCCUUCCUCCCAUAGGUCUUACAAUUUCAUUCCCUGCUAGACAUCCGAGUCACAAAGUGGCCAGUAAUGCCACGUUGACUGAAAACAUCUGAGACUGACUCCGAUAUCGCUUGUUGGUCUGUGAAGCGAGCCAAGUGAGUACUGGCCCCUUGUCGGAGCAGUGUUUUGAAAAUCUUCGCUUGAUGCAGAGACCAUCAAAAAAAAAAAGACCGGUCUCACACCACUUUUGCGGAAGUCUGCCUGAAGCUCAUCCCAAGCCUUUCUCUGGGCUUCUUGGCCUUGUCUGGGCGCACUAGAGGCAUAAGCUACCGAGCUCCGCGGGAUAUGGGACAUGUCUGGGGACCCUGCCGAGAGAAAACAGUGGAAUCUGGUGUUUCCCGCUUAAGCUUGUGCCACUUUGCUCGUGGGCAGGGCGGAUUUGCUUCCUCAACCCACACCUGCGUCUGCGUGACCGUGCCGAUCAACGUGGCACCUCUGCGCUGGACCACAUGCAGUUCGGUAGAGACCCAUCCCAUACCUUGAGGCUUUUUUAUCUGAUAAUCGCCUGAUCCCGGCCUCGGGGUCUUCUUUUGGCAAUCGAGACCAUUGCGGCUCGCUUGCUCUGCCAAACCCUUGCUCCAGACAUGGCGACUUAUUGGUUGAUCGUGGUCUGAUGCUCCGCUUCACAACUGAUCAUGAUUGUAAUCUUAUCUGAUAAUCUCUUCCUCUACUGCCCGAGACCGGUUCACUGUGACGCAGAACAAGUACACUAUCAUCGUUUGUGGUGCAACGGUUCAAGUGCAAACUUACUUGAUCCUUUCGGUGAUUACACGGAAAGUGGCAAAUAGCACCACAUAGACCGGUGAGCCGGAGAUGUGACUCUGUUCUCCUUUGCUCGGCAUUAGGGAUCGUCAAUACUCUGGUGGCUGUCUGCUGAAGUCGCGAUCGGUAGGCGGCUCAAUUAUUUUGUGCUUUGCGAAAUUCCGUAAAACCCCUAAAUUCUUCGACACCUCGAACCGACCAAAUGUGAGAACAUGGGCCCAAUCCUGUAACAACAACCAUUCUAAUUCAUGAUCUCUCUGUAUAGGUCUACUUGGAUUGCAAAUUCUCUAUUCGUCUAUAUUGGCAUUACUAGUUAUAGAGGUGUACUCGGUGUGCAAUCAUAAAGAAACAUCAACUAUACUACAAUAGAAGGGCAAUAGUUGCAUUCCGCCAUUCAACGCUUAAAUAUAUAGAUGCAGGUUCUUUACCAUCUAGUGAGAUAACAAUAGGCGUUAAUUCUAUAUAUUACCUCUUUACAAGA